AUGGCUCAGUCUGAAUUAGCAAUCGGUUCUCAAAAUAUGUCUGUCACCGGGGACAAAUCUUUUAUAGAAAGAGCAUCUGUCCAAGAAUCGAAAAUGUUUGCAUCUCAGAGGUCAAGCAGGGGUGUAUGUGUAACACCUGGCCAGAGUUUAAAGGAUACCUCAGACAGCAAAGGAAAAAAAUAUAAUCCAUUCAAGAUUCCACCAGACACUGAUAUCUUCUUGCUUCGGGACAAAGAAAAAGAAAGAAAGAAAGCAGAGCGUUUAAAACAACAAAACUUGAAAGUUCAUGAGAAGACAACCUAUGCCUCCAGAAUUAACUUUCGUCCGGUUUCCCUCAUUUGUCCACCUGAGUCAGAGUCAGAGGAAGAGGAGGACACAGAAAAGGCAGUUGCAGUAAAAGAAGAUCCCCAGUUCACUAUAGCCAUCUCAAGAGGUCGCCAUAUUGAAAAAGAGUCACUUACUGAGUACAUUGCUAAGAAACGAGAAAUGUUUCUUGUCCAGUAUUCUCUAGGAGUGAAAAGAGAUGAAAUGAGGAAACUGGAGGAGAUAGCUCAAGCAGAAGAGAAGAAACUUGAACUUGCUGAGCAGUAUUUAGAGGAGGAUGCAGCCAUGUUUGAUGAGUUUUUAAAAGAAAAUGAUAAAAACUCAGUCGAGGCCAUUAAAGUGGCAGAAGCAGAAGCCAAGCUGAAAAUCGAGAAAGUUAACGAAAUAAAAAGAAUCAAUGCUCAGAUGAUAGGCAUCAAAUCAGAGAUUGCUAAAUAUGAAGACACUCUUAAGGAAUACCAGAUGUAUCGUCAGUUCUUAGACUCUCUCAUACCUCAA